AAUCAAGAGCUAAAAGAAAUAGUGUUAUCUUUGUCAAACUAAGACAAGAGAAGAAGAAGUGAGAAUGAGCUAUGGCUAUGGAGUCUGCAACUCAAAAAUGGAAGCACUCAUUUUCAUUCCUCUACUUGUUCUUCAUCUGGGCCAUUCUCUACCUGCUCCACUCCCAUGUUCUCCGCCAUGAAGCCCAUGUUCGCAUCAAGAAGAACCCUCCUCAUCCCCUUCGCUUCCGUUCCGAUGGCGCUUUCAAAAUCCUCCAAGUUGCUGAUUUGCACUACGGCAACGGACCCACUUCUCGCUGCCGAGACAUUCCCAUCUCCGGCUUCCGCCACUGCUCCGAUCUCAAUUCCACUCGUUUCUUGCGCAGAAUGAUCCAAGCUGAAAACCCUGAUUUCAUUGCUUUUACAGGAGACAAUAUAUUUGGCUCAAGUGCUACUGAUGCAGCAGAAUCUCUUUUUGGUGCAUUUCGUCCUGCUAUGGAAGCUGGAAUUCCUUGGGCGGCAAUUCUAGGAAAUCAUGAUCAAGAGUCUACAAUGAAUCGUGAAGAACUAAUGUCCUUCAUCUCACUAUUUGAUUAUUCAGUCUCACAAAUCAAUCCCUCAGUUGAAGAACUCUCAGAUACUGCUAAAACAGGCAAACGGGAAGCCAUUGAUGGGUUUGGGAAUUAUAAUCUGAGAGUUUUUGGUGCCCCAGGUUCCCAUUUGGCUAACAGCAGUGUACUCAAUCUUUUCUUUCUUGACAGUGGUGAUAGGGAGACAGUUAAAGGAAUUCGAACUUAUGGAUGGAUCAAGGAAUCUCAACUUCGUUGGCUUUAUCAUGCUUCAAAAAGAUCCCAGGGCCCAAAGAAGUGUAUUCAUCGAUUGCCUGAUCCUUUGACAUUCCCCACACCACCAGCACUAGUGUUUUUCCACAUCCCGAUCCCAGAAAUUCGUCAGAUGUACUAUAAAACGUUUAUAGGUCAGUUUCAGGAGGCAGUGGCAUGUUCAUCAGUAAACUCAGGAGUCCUACAGACCCUGGUCUCCAUGGGAGGUGUGAAGGGCGUGUUCAUGGGCCAUGAUCACAAGAAUGAUUUUUGUGGAAAUCUAGAUGGCAUAUGGUUUUGCUAUGGCGGGGGCUUCGGAUACCAUGGUUAUGGAAAGUCUGGGUGGCCUAGGAGAGCAAGGAUUAUAUUAGCAGAACUGGGUAGAGGAGAAAAGGCUUGGAUGGGAGUGGAGAGGAUCAAGACGUGGAAGCGUCUUGACGAUGACAAGUUUAGCAAGAUAGACGAGCAAAUUCUGUGGGAGCAGCAGUAAUUGUGGAGAUGAAUUUGAUUGGAAAAACAGAAAACUUGAAGCAAACCAUGGCAGUAUGCUGUACAUACUUCCAAUGCAGUUGUUUUUGUUUACAGCAUUGCAGCCUUUGAUUUAGUCUUCUGUAAUAAUGCUUGUGGUUCAGCUUAUAAAUCCUGCUUGAUAUGAUCAUACAAAAGAAAAAAAAAAAGCAGAAACCUUAUUCUUGUUCGAUUACUUUACACAGUAAAUAGUUUAGGAUUGCUUUAUGUUGAUUAUGAAUAAUGUUUCGGUUCGAAGGAAAAAUUUAAUAUUGUGUACGGUGAUGGAGUUUUACUACAUGACUGUUACUAUUUAAAUAUAAUAAAUAAAUGACAUUAUAUUCA